CAACAUCUUAGACUAGUUUUCAAAAAAAAAUUCAGACUUUUUAAAUGGAAUUCAGAUUUGACUAUUCACCACAGUGGAUUCAAGCUGAUAUUCCCGGAACAUUAAUAACUGUGAAUAAUGUAGUGAUAGCAACACAAUGCCACAGCCUUUCUUCUGACGAGAAAGUACUGCCUGAAAGUGUGGUGGAGGUGGGUUUAAGCCAAGCAUUCAGAAGAUAAUUAGGUUAUUAUCUGAAAAGGAAGCAUGUGCAGGAUUAUGUGGAGAAUGAAAUUAAGAGCAUGACUAAUUCAGAGAGGCAGAGAAGACAAGAUGGCAGACUACUUCAUGAUGACAGUCCCAUGAUCCUGUGCUCACACAUUGAAGUGGUGCAUUAAGUAGCAUAAUCACUAUGCUCAACAAGAGAGAGGGAAAGUUGAGGAUGCGGGGGCAACACGAUGGAUCUCUCGUUCACAUUCAUGAAAGGUAUCAUGGGAAACACGAUUCAACUGCCGCAACAACUUAUUGAUUCAGCCAAUAUGAGACAGGUUCCUGAUGUUCUCAAUGCCAGCAGUGGCAUCAGGGAAGACAGAGGGCAAUCCUGUGAAGCUUCCCUCCAGCAAGGGUUUAUCUUUCCUGCUUCUGGUGCUGAUAAUAUCCCACCAGUCACCAAUGGCUACUCCAAUGUUAACAUGUAUGAGACGCCAAACAAGCACCCAGCAUAUUCCCAGCUCCCCAAUGGAUCUGCCAAUGGCUACGGAACAUGUAAGAAUAUCAGUUCCACUGAAUCUUGCACAGCGGGAAACCACUUGGUGAAACAGCCCGAGAUUCAGGAGAAAGCACCCUCUCCUCCUGUUCCUGAACCUGUCACACCAAAGAAGACGGGCUCUCCAGAGAUUAAAUUGCGCAUCACUAAAACUUACCACAAUGGAAAGGCACUGUUUGAGUCCUCACUCUGUGGUGAUCUCCUGAAUGAGCAGCAGGCUCAGGCUGCUGAGUCUGCAGUGACUCGCAAACCAAAACGGGAGAAAAAGAAAAGGAGCAAGCAUGAUUCUACCACCACUGACAGCCAGGAAUACAAAGCUGUCAAAGUGGAGCCUGAAGACUGCAAAGUCAUGUAUGGAAACCCUGUUGUCCAGGUCCAUCGUUUACCUGUGUCUGGAAAUCAGACUGUCAUGUCGAGUUGUUUCCAGAUUGGAGACUUGGUAUGGGCGAAAGUUGGUACCUAUCCCUGGUGGCCCUGCAUGGUGUCCUGUGAUCCAUUGCUGCAAGUUCACACCAAGGUCAACACAAGAGGUGCUCGUGAGUACCACGUGCAGUUCUUUGGGACGGUGCCAGAACGAGCCUGGAUCCAUGAGAAGAGGGUGGCGCCUUACAAAGGACGUUCACAGUACAGUGCCCUUGUUGCCGAGACUGCCAAGCAGGCCAGCAAUGCUGCAGAGAAGCAAAAGAUUUUGAAGCCUAUAGCACAAAGAAUUCGACCCCAGUGGGAUGUUGGCAUAACUCAAGUCGAAGAUGCAUUGAGGUUGACUCAGGAGGAAAGGAUAGCACAGUACACUUUCAUUUAUGUGGAUGAAAAGCCUGACGCAUCAGCAGAUAUGACUGCAACAUCAUUAAAUCAUGAAGUAAAGAGAAACAGGCGCCUUGGACCGUUGUCCAGUCCUCCACACGACCAGACAGUGGGCAAGCAGGCCUCUUCGGCGCUCUCUACUGACAAUGACGCUGGUCAACUGGCACAUGAAAGGCAAGCAAACAUCCAGGAGCCUCCUCCCAAAAUGACUUGGAGAACAGCAGCAGCUAGGAAAUCACUGCCGCCUUCCCUUGCAAACCUCAAGGGGAACCAGGAUGCGAAAAGAAAUGGUGGCAAUUCUGACUCUGAGGUGUUGCCAGUAAGAAAAAAUGACCAGAAGGGAGCAAGUAUUAAGGCAGAGCCAUCGCAAAGAGAAGUUAAGGAAGUUCUCAUCACCCCUUUAAGUCUGCGAAGUGAGAAGCGAGACGCAGAGGUUCAGUUCUCUGUGCGUGGAGAAGCACACCUGAUUUCCUCAGAAAGGAAACAACAAAGAAGAUCAGUUCGAAGUCGCUCUGAAUCGGAGAAAGUCACUGAAGUUGUACCGAAAAAGAAAAUGCGAAAAGAACAGGUGGAAACUGUUCCAACAACUGAGAUGACUGGCCCACAGAGAGGAACAUCAUUACCCCAUGCGCAUGGAACAAUGAGUUCAACUCUGCCAGGUGCCAGCGAACUUUCAGAUUCAUGCAAGCCAUUGAAAAAACGUAGCCGGGCAUCUACCGAUGUGGAGAUGACAAGUCCGGGUUGCAGAGAAAUCAAUGAUUCUGAUGCUAGAGGAUUGCUGAGUGAGAUUGGUUUGGAGAAGAGAGCUGAUAGUCCCGCAGUUCCUCCAGGUACAGAUGUCUCCGAUGAAGCAUCCAUGGAUUCGUGUUUGUCCAGACGUGGCAGUGGAACAUCAAAGAAGGAUAAUAUUUGUCAGGUCUGUGAGAAACCAGGCGAGUCUCUCGUGCCUUGUGAAGGGGAGUGCUGCAGAGUCUUUCACAUGGAGUGUCUCAGAUUGGCAGAGAUACCUAAUGGGAAGUUCACCUGCAUGGAAUGCACUACAGGAAACCACACCUGUUUUUCUUGCAAGUUGUCUGACAAUGUCGUGAAAAGGUGUUCGGUGAACUCAUGUGGAAGAUUUUACCAUGAAUCCUGUUUGAGGAGUUACUCUUCUGCACAGUUUGAGGGAAAAGGUUUCCGUUGCCCUCUGCACUGCUGUUUGGCAUGUUUAGUGGACAACUGUGAAAUGGCUAAAGCAACGAAAGGUCGCAUGCUGCGCUGUUUGCGGUGUCCUGUGGCUUAUCACACGGGGGAGAGUUGUAUUGCAGCUGGCAGCCUUGUCCUUUCAUCCCAAAGCAUCAUCUGCAACAACCAUUCCAGCUUGAAGAAAGGCAGUCGCGCGUCUCUCCAAGUCAAUGUAAGCUGGUGCUUUAUCUGUGCAAGAGGGUUGAUUGAGCAAGACCAAUCCGAAACCCUUAUCAGUUCUUAUACAUAUAAGUCGCACUACCUCCUGAGCGAGUCAAAUCGUUCGGCUGAGUUGUUGAAAAAACCUAUGAUUCCUCCCUCACCGUCAACUACAGUAAAGAAAUGUGGGAAAGGUGGUCACCUGUUGUGCUGUGAAUCCUGUCCAGCAUCCUUCCAUCCUGAAUGCCUGACGAUUGAAAUGCCAGAAGGGAACUGGUAUUGUAAUGACUGCAAGGCUGGCAAGAAAUCACGAUACAAGGAAAUAGUCUGGGUCAAGCUCGGUAUAUACAGGUGGUGGCCAGCAGAGGUUUGUAAUCCCAAAUCUGUGCCACUUAACAUUCAAGCAAUGAAGCACCACAUAGGAGAAUUCCCUGUACGUUUCUUUGGAUCGAAUGAUUACUAUUGGGUGCAUCAGGGUAGAGUCUUUCCUUACUUAGAAGGUGACAAAGGCAACGUAUCUGAUGGUCGAGCUGGUGGUAUUAACGAGAUUUUCAAAAAAGCACUGGAAGAAGCUGCAAAACGUUUCCAGGAGCUAAAGUUAUUGAAAGAAAGUAAGGAAGCACUAGAAAAUGAACGCAAUGAAAGAAAGCCACCAGCGUACAGAUUUAUUAAGACAAACAAACCAGUUGGCAAAGUGCAGAUUCAUGUUGCUGAUGUGUCAGAAAUCCCACGAUGCAACUGUAAGCCCACAGAUGAAAACCCUUGUGGACUGGACUCGGAAUGCCUGAACCGGAUUCUGAUGUACGAGUGCCAUCCUCUUGUCUGUCCAGCUGGAGAAAGCUGCCAGAACCAGUGCUUCAGCAAACGACUCUACCCUGAGACAGAACUUGUGAGGACAGAAGCACGGGGCUGGGGCCUCUGCACAAAAGUAGAUAUUAAAAAGGGUCAAUUUGUAACUGAAUAUGUUGGUGAGUUAAUUGAUGAAGAAGAAUGCAGAAACCGCAUAAAACAUGCUCACGAAAACAACGUUACCAAUUUCUAUUUGUUGACUUUAACCAAGGAUCGUAUCAUUGAUGCUGGGCCCAAAGGCAAUUACUCCCGCUUCAUGAACCACAGUUGCAAUCCAAACUGCGAGACACAGAAAUGGACAGUGAAUGGUGACACACGUGUCGGACUUUUUGCACUUUGCGACAUUCGAGCAGGUUCUGAAUUAACCUUCAACUAUAAUUUGGAUUGUUUGGGCAAUGGAAAGACGGUAUGCAAGUGUGGAGCUCCCAACUGCAGUGGGUACCUGGGUGUGCGUCCAAAGACGGCUGCUGCAACGGCGAAUGAAGAAAAGGCAAAAAAUGCAAAGAAAAAGAUGAAGAAACGUAAAACCAAAAUAGAUAUCAGAAAAAUGCAUGAGGACUACUGCUACCGAUGCUGUGAUGGAGGCGAGCUUGUGAUGUGUGAUAAGAAAGAUUGCCCCAAAGCAUACCAUUUGUCAUGCCUAAACUUGACUAAACCACCCUUCGGAAAAUGGGAAUGCCCUUGGCACCAUUGUGAUGAGUGUGGCAAAUCCUCAACUUCCUUCUGUGACUUCUGCCCAAACUCCUACUGUAAGGAGCACCAGAAAGGAGCCUUGAUUGCUUCAGCGUUGGAUGGCCGGCUCUGCUGCUCUGAACAUGACCCAAACUGCCCAACAGAAUUUGACUCAUCCUCCUCUGUCAGUCUUCAGAACAAUUCAGCAGCUGAGGACACCGGUGAGGAAACCACUGAGUGAAGAUUUCAAAAUGGAGAUGCCAUGGACUUGAAGUAAUAAACAGGGCAACAUUUAGUGUUGUGUUCAAAUGGCUCUGGGGAUUGUAAAUCAUGCAGAGUGGAAAGCUCAGAGAUUCCAAGGGAGUAAGUAAAGAUGACCAAAAGAUUGUUUUUAUUUUUUUUCCCCUUUUAUGUUUUGAUUUUGGACACCUCAAAGUGACAACUGUUCUUCAAGAAUUAUUAAAAACACAGGAAAUGGCACUUAAUUUUGUGUUAAUCAAAAUAGGUAGUGAUUAGUGGUAUUUGUAUCCAACUAUUGUUGCCCUUUUGUCCACUAAAAACUAAAAUUGAAGGGCAGUGCAGCUUGCCCUAAUCAUGUUUAAAUGAUAACUGAUCACUUGUGGGGUUGGCGGGCGAUGGAAAAGAAUGGUCAAUGGACAAUUCUGUUGGGUGAUCAAAAUGAAAAAUUCAACACCCAGUAAUCACUCCCUGAGCAUACCCUCCCCUCCCCUCCUCCAAUGCCCAUCCAGGUUGGAAAGUGGAUUAUAUCCAGCACUUUGUUAAUUCUAAACAGUCUUACAGUGGACCACCUGGAUCUGCUCAGAACCAGGAAUGGCAAAAUAAAACCCAUGUUAGAAGCAGUCAGAAAACUGCCAGAUCAACAGUUGUUAAGCCUCAACAUUUUACAGGGCAAUGAAGAGAACACAAAGGGUUUGAGUUCCAGUAUGGAAUUAGGUUUGAAGUCUAACAGUCGCUGGCGGUGUUGUGUUUUAUUUGAAGCUCAGAAAAUGCACAUUAGUCUGAGCUUUGUCCCUUGUGGCUUAGGAUGUUGUCUGAUGUGGAACCCAGCUCCCACAAUUUACUUCUAAUUUUUAUUAGUAUUUACAGUACUAUUUUUUCCACAUUUAUAAGUGAGUGUUAUAAUUUGAGUUCUGCCUUUUUGGAGUUCAUAGUUUCUGUUAUCAGCACUACCAUUAUGGCUAUGAUGAUGUGAUUUUAUUAUUUUUAUACAUUUAUAUGUAAAAAGCAAAAAUUAUGACAGAAAAAAAUCAUGUUUUUUUUAAAAAACUGAAACUUAGAAGUGUCAUCUUUGCUCUUAAGAGUGUUUUAUGGACAAACUAAAAAGUUCUUACUGAGUGAAAGUACUCCGAGAACCAUAGGAUUAUACACAGCUCAGAAGGAAACCAUUCUGCCCAUCAGACCCAUGCUAGCUCGAUAAGAGCCACCAAGAUUUUAUUCCUAUGAAAUUAGCUUUCACCAUAAUUUCAGGCAGUCGAUGUCUGAUCAUAAUUCACUGUACGUAACAUUCUCCCCAUCUUCCACCUGGAUUUCUUUACAAGUUAUAUUAACUGUGACCUCUGAUUACUGAUGCCUGUUAACCCCUCCACCCUGACACUGAUGCAAGCCAUUUCUUGCAAUUUACUUCAUCAAAAACCUUCCUGAUUUGCCAAAACCUUCUCUGUGAACCUAUGAUUCUAUGCUACAGUACUCUUGUAUAUAAUAAACAUUAAACUAUGUCUGUAUGUUUAAAUAAUCUUAUAACUAUCACGUUCUGAUAUUAGAACUUGGGUAGAAUAAACUUGUGAUAUUUGUUUUUCAGCA